AUGUCGCGCGUUAAAAAGCUCCACCUGCCUCGCCCGACAGCUGGCAUCAAGACUGACGUUUGGAAUCUCCCAAACGAGAUAGAAUCACAGAUAACAACGCUAGCAGCUGUCCUCCAGGUCCAGCAGCAACAGCGUACUCCCCUUGCAAGAGAAGAGGAAGAGGACGAAGAAGAAACUGACGACGAAGAAACCUCCAAUGAGCAACUACACAACCAUGAACUUGGAUCGUCGGCCGUCGUCGCUCCAUUAGCUUCAGAGAAUAUGAAGAACUUGAAAAGAUGCUUUUUGGAUCAGCUGGCCGAGUUAUUGUGCUAUAAGAAAGAUGCGCAUUAUGUGACCUGCACGUAUCUACGGGAAGGACUAGAUGAGAUUACUAUACUCGCGUCACGAAACGCUGCUUGGGAAGACAAGGACAUUAAGCUCUUAGAAAGCUUGGCGGGCACGUUGGAACAACUUGCUGCGAGAGAUCCUUUCGAUCUGGAUUUCAAACCGGACCUGGAAAGACAGCUCAGCGAAUAUUAUACCCCACGCUUGAACUACCAUGUCAAACAACUCGUCAAUAUCUUAGAAUCAGUAAAGGGAGAGACAGGCCUGGUCGACUUUUUAAGGAAAUUUCUUUCCCGACGCAUCUCUUCACAAGUCCUUGUCGGUGGGGUUAAGAGGAUUUGGGCCAAUAUUGACUUUCGUUCCAGGAUCGAGGCAUUGCCGAAAGCAAAUAAGAUAGUGCAAGAGCUGGGUUUUAUUCGUCGCCCUAUAGUCGCUGCAGAAACCUUUGAUAAAGCAGCGCGCGAGAUCUCGAACUUUCAGCGGGUCAAAAUAGAGCUCCUGCCUGGGUAUAAAGCUGAAAGUGUUACGCCGUCGCUAUCACUGUGCCCACAGUUGCCGUCCGAAAGAGACCGAGCGAGAUUGAAUGAGUGCCUUAGGAAAAAAAAAUGGGUCCAUGCAGAAAUGACAAUGGUGCUACAUCUCAUGAGUACUGACAGCGUAUCCCGAACACCACAGUAUCUUGGCAUUAGCAAGAAGACCUGUUUCAUGUGCGGUCAUUUCCUACAAAGUUUAUCACAAUUCCAAGCGCGUAACAAUCAUGGAAAGGUGUACUCGCAAUGGAGACUGCCGAAAUCGCUUAUCAUGCCGCCAAAGUACUGUGAGACACUGGACAAUGCUGCUCGAAACCUCCGGGAUGUGAUGCAACGUGAAUGUGCUCUAGAACGGGACUACCAUAUCGCUGCAGUCAAAGAAUCGACUAUUUCAUCUCCAGUUGCACCACAACACAUGCGUACCUGGUCGCCGUUUUCUCGCCAUGUACCGGACCCUAAACUCCAAGCGAGAGAGUCGGAGUGGCUAUCACAUCACAGCCCGAGAGAGAUAACUGUCAGAUCGAGUAAGCCCGAUCGCAGCAGCCGGGAUAUUUCGCCUACUUCUGACAUAGAAAGUGGAUCGCCUCCAGCAGUUCCUUGUGUCCUUUCUACGCCGGAAAGCACAUCGAUAGCUUGUGCUAGAUGUACUGCAACCGAAAAUCUGAGUCCCUGUUUCAGAUGCGGCUCAACGUUUUACUGCAGUAAAAUGUGCCAAAAGUCUCAUUGGCCAAAACACAAGUUCAACUGCAGUUUUGGACGACCAAUAGAUGAGGUGGAUCGUUUCAUCAUUGCAUGCCAGACACACGAAUUUCCCAAAGAUUGUGACGUUGCUAGGGCCUUCGGAAUUCUUUACUUUACAUCGGCGGCUGAUCAACGGAGACUUUUCGAGUUGUACUGCCGACUCGUAAAAGAUUGGGGUGUGGGAGAAGAAGAGCUUCGAGACGCAUGGCAGCAAGACAAAUUGAAAGAAUUUAUUCUGUUCCGAAGCUCCCAGAUACCAUCUACUUGGAUUCAAAAUGAGAGCCAUUGGAUAAGUCAGCAGGAUGGCUUUGCUGCCAACAAAGAGACUGACUUUAAUCUCGUGUUUGAGUCUCAAAAGCAUGUGCUCAAGCCCGAAGAUCAGCAACUUCCAUAUCAGCUGUGGAAGCCACGGGAAAAGCUCGAAGCCUAUGUGUUCCUUUGCCAGAUUCGAAAUGGAUACAUCCCCGACGCCGACGAGGACAACUGGAUUUCCCUUGGAUUCUGCACAGCUCGGAAUGGCGGCGAAACCAAACAAGUGGAGAAGCUAUACAGGGAGCUCCUCGAUAGAUGUGUAUUCGAAGAGUUCUGGAGGGCCAUGGCAGAGUCGAAGAUGGUCGACCUGUUCAGAAAGUACGGCUUUGGCGAUGCCAUCGUAGAAUUGCGGAAUUUCGAGACCCUUUUGAGCGCCGUCGGAACGAGGCACCAGAGUGUAUGGGAAUUGAAACGGUUCACUCGCUUGUCCUCUCCACAGCCUCACCGUAGUGUUACCGUGGAUUAUGGAUUCUACAACUGUCGAACACCACUGGAGCUAAGUGACCUCCGACAAGCAUAUACGAACUUCUUCGCUCAGGGUGGAGAUGAAAUGGCCCUUCAUGAGGCCUGUAUCCAGGGUCAAUUAGCGCCAUUUCUCGAGUCGGAAUUAGAAGGGCUACCCAUUUCGCCUGAGCUGGUGUCGAAUCCAUAUCCAUUACAGGGAUGUGAAUGCGCGGGUAUGGUAUUUGGAACUGUAUGCCUUGUCCCGCAGUCAAUUUACGGAGAAGCAAAGAAGUGGCAGACGCAAAGAGGGGAAAAGAUGACUAUAAUGAUUCAUUCUGAUGAGCUUGAUGAGGCGAGCGGGCAAUUAUAUCUGGAAAGAUCGAAAUACUUGGGACUAUCGAUGGAGACUCAGACGACUAUGAUAAACGGACAACUUGUGGAAAGCAUGUCUGGGAUGUGA